AUGCACGGAGUUGGGCUUCGGGAGAGUCUGAGAGAAGUCCUCGACCGACGUGAUCAAACGAAUGUUUGGCUCAAUGGCCUCGCCAGCGUUGGGAAGACAUCCGUCGCAUUCACCGUAGCUGAGGAGAUGAAAGAGCUGGAAGGCUUGCCACCACUUUCCUUUUCUCGCACAAGCAUGCACAGAUUGACACCAGCUCGCACUGACUUUUCCCGCGCAUUCGAGGCGAUAUCGCGCAAGGGAUCGAGAAAGACGAGAUUCUAUUAUCAGACGCCUUAUCCCAUCAUCAUCGAUGCUCUUGUUGAAUACCUUUCUCUUGAAGAGGCGGCAAGACUGGCUACGCUGUUCACGGAGACGCUCUCGGGCCCAGACUUGCUGACCAUCCACCUGAUAUGUACGAGCCGCCCCGAGGCUCGUAUCCGCGCGACCAUGUCACCUGGUGUCCACCAGAUUUCCCUCAUCACACGUGAUGCAGAUGUUGUACAAGACAUUCGUUUCUUUCCGCGAGCAUCAUAUGGACAAGUCGUUCCACCGUUUUCCGGCGACCCUAAAAUCUUCGCCAUCAGAGGCUGA